ACACUUUUGCAGAAAUGCUGAUUUGAAAGCCCCCGCACUUCAUGGUAAUGCUCCUCGUUCACUGAUGUACAGCUGAUCUCUCCAUACAGAGGGAACUGUAGUUGUUAUGCAGUCAACACCUGAUUAGUCGAAACUACUGGUGCAUACAUUAGUGUAGGAUUGUCUCUUUUCAGAAAAUUCGUGUACACUAAUUGUGGCUCAAUAUACAAGUUUUGGGCUCUGCGUGCAGUUGAAGUUAUAGCAAAAGAUACAGAUGAUCAACUCCAAUUUUUUACUGCUCCCAACAUCACAUCUGACUUACCAGUUUGAUAACCCAAGUGCGAUAUAACGGGCAUGUAUAUAAAAUAAACAACUCCUUUAUCAGUGUUUACAAUAUAUGUUUGCUGAGGAGUCACUGAAUCGAGGUAUACACACUCCAUCUCGACCUGUUGUACUCUAAUCUGCUGGAUGGAUCUGUUCAGCGAGUCGUGCGGCAGCCAUGAUCCGACUUCCGGUCUCGAGAAGCCUGCGAAGAAUCGUCUUCCUAAACGACUGGUUUUGCUGUUUGGAGAAGUCCAAGAGUAUGAAACUUUGGGACCACGAGGGUGGGCUUGAUCCCGGAGAGCAUGCAACCUCAUGCAGUAAUCCAUGUUACCAUGCAACGAUCAAACUGUUGCAGUUUUGUCAUGGGAAUACAACUGUUGAGAAGCAGUAAAAAUGAGGCAGCUUUUGGAUCAUCUUAAGAGCACAUUCCAUGUUGAGCUCACGACGGAAAGGUAUGUUCAAUAGGGUGAAAAACGACUGCAUAUCUUUUAUACAUAGGCCUACAGUCCUAAUUUGAUGAUUAUUUUGCUUGAUCUGCACUCCAAUGUCUUGAUCUGCACUCCAAUGUCGAUAUCACACUCGUGACCACGGAACCUUCAGAGGAGGCGCCGACAUUCGUGGUCUCCAUGAGCUUGAACUGGAGGGAAGGUAGCUCAGCGAGUUCAGAACAACGAAUCCACAGUGCUUGCGGAACACGUCAGCAAAUAUCU